AUGGCGCGCCCCGGCAGCCGCCGCGCCCGCCGCCCGCCGCCUCCGGCCAGCCCCGAGCCGCGGGCGGCAGCAGCCACUCCCCCGCGGCCCGGUUCCGCGUCCCGCCGCCGCGCCCGCAGGGUCCGCGUCCAGAGCCCCUCUCUCGCGGCCGUCCGCCGGGGUCCCGCCCCGCCGCCGCCGGCACACCCUCCUCCGGACACCCCGCGGGUCCGGUGGCCCCUGGGCACGGGCGCUCGCUCUGCCUCCUGUCCCGGUGCGGGCGCUGCUGCCCUAUCGGUGAGGGAGAUCGCCGCGGCGCUGUGGCGAAUGCAGCCGCCGCAGGCGCCGCCGCCGCCGCCGCCUGGGCCUGGGACGGCGCGACGUAGUAGGGCUCAGAGGGAUGCUGGUGGAGAAAUCUAUUCAUUGAGGGAGGAGCUUAUGGUGGCUCAGGACCGGAUUCAUGAGCUUGAAGCAGAGUGUCGAUCUACAAAAAAGCAGCUUGAUCACUUGGCGAAGAAUAUUGCAGAGGAAAAGGCUUCUUUGAAGAGCAGGGAACAUGAUAAGUUUCACCACAUCUUAGAUGCUGUUAAGGAAGAACUGAACCGGGAGAGGAAACGGCGGCAGCGGGCAGAAAUGCUGAAUUCCAAACUGCACAAUGAUCUAUCUGAGAUGAAGUUUGCUGCAAAGCGUUAUUUGCAAGAUUAUGAGAAGGAGAGGAAGGCACGGGUGCUCAUGGAAGAGGUUUGUGAUGAAUUAGCGAAGGAGAUCGCAGAAGACAAAGCUGAGGUUGAGGCUAUGAGAAGUGAAUCGAUGAAGAUCAGAGAUGAAUUGGAGGAAGAGAAGAAGAUGCUCCAGAUGGCUGAGGUUUGGCGUGAAGAGAGGGUACAAAUGAAGCUGGUUGAUGCAAAGCUGACACUUGAGAAUAAGUAUUCCCAGCUGAUCAAUCUUCAGUAUGAACUUGAGGAUUUCCUUCGUUCCCAACCAGGCUGUAAUAUAGAAAAAGGAACAGUAAGGGAAGCAGAGAGGCUCAAAGAAGCAAUCUGCUCUUCGGUGAUAAAUGGUAUCAAGGAGUUCUCUUACAAGCCCCCCCCUCCUUCAGAAGACAUUUUUGCUGUAUUCGAAGAACUCAAGCAAAGAGAAGAUACUGCUGAGAAGGUGAUUGUACAAUGUAACGGAAAUAGGCCCAAGAGUCGUGCAUCAAGAGCCCAUACAGCUAGUCCUGAAACAGACAUGUUCUUGGAGAAUCAGCCAAGCAGAUAUUGCAAUCAGCCUCGCACCCGAAAUGAGGCGGCAGAAGAUGAUAGUGGAUGGGAAACUGUAAGCGAAGUUGAGGAGAAUGGGUCUAGUAAUUCACCUGGAGGAAGUGAACCGUCUGUAAAUGGCUUCUGUGGAGAAAACGAUGCUUCCGUGAGUGGAACUGAUUGGGAUGAAAACUGUGACAAUGAUCAGGCACAUAGUGAGAUCAGUGAAGUUUGCUCAACAACAGCAGGUAGGUCGCGGAAUAAAAGAUCAUUCGUCGGACUAUGGAGAUCAUCAAACACUGUCGACCAAAAGAAAAUGGGAUCCAAUACACUCAAUGGUAGAUCAUCAAAUGCCAGGAUGUCAAAUGUCACUGAAUCUCCUGACCUGAAGAACAGUGAAGUGUGUGACAGUCCGCACAUCACAGCGCAAUGGAGGCCAGACCUGCUAAACCCGGACAUUGUUCGAGCUAUAAAAGGAUGCAUCGACUGGCCUCGAGGAGUGCAGAAGCACAGCUUGAAGUCCAAGAUUCUGGAGGCAAGGAUUGAUGGCAGUAAGGUCCAGCUGCGUCAAGCAUUGAAGCAGAAGAUAUAG